ACAUCACAGGAAUGAGAGAGCUCUCGUAUUGGGAAAGGUUAGAACGGUUGGGAUUGUACAGUACAUGUAUGUCAUUCUCAAAUAGAGAUCAACCGAAAUACAUGUCCCCUCUCUCGAUACCUUAUUUCUCGUUUCACAAUCAUGCGCUGGCGCAGUCGGCAAGUACGUUAAUUUGAAGUACUGUCGGCAGCCCAUUCCUGAUCAAUCUUUGUGCAGAAGUUUCUGGAAUCGGAGUGAUCAGUGGUCUAUUGCAGGUGUUUCACAUCCAUCCCUGAGAGGGUGUUGAAGAAGCCACCUCACCUGUGUUCAUCAUGUCCAACAGGGAAGCCAUCCAGACGCUGAAAGCCAGCCGCAGUGGGUUCAAAUCUGCUUUGACUCGAGCCAGGAAUAUGGUGAAGGUCUCGUUGGACGAAUAUGUUGAUGGAGAAGACCACUCUCUCUCGGAAAACUUGCUUCGUCAUUGGGACGAUCAUCUCCAAAAGUUCCUUGCUGCUGAUGAUCAGGUGAUGUGUGGUCUGGCGUCCGAUAUGAAGGAUGCAGAUCCGGCUGUUGAUGAUCACGUUCAGGCUUUUUUAAAACCCCAAGUCCUUAUUACUGGGUAUCGACGAGAGGUUGAAGCCGUUAAUCGGCAGACCAUGGUUAAUUCGAAUGUUGCAGCUCCCAUUCCGGAUGGUAGACACCCCGUUCUUCCCCGGUUGGAUGCUAAGAAACCUCCACUGUUGGAAGAGGAUACCACUCAUAAGACAUUUGUCAGGUGGCGACCGUUACGGAAUAAUUAUUCCCAAUUAACUUACCUUGAGCAUUGGGAGCGGGCCAUUCAGGUUGGAUUUUUAUGGGAAUGUUGUAGCCCAGGAUUCCUUCGCAUCAUUCAGCAUUCCCUUGGGAUUCGUGCGGACACGGGACGAACUGUGUUUGAGAUACUGGAUAUCAUUGAAGAUCAUCUCCGUAGUCUUCGCAAUGUUCACAUGGAUAUGAGGGACCUUUUGAGCGUAACACAAAGAGAAGGUCAAGAUUACACGUCGUUUUGUAACACAAUUAGAGGAUUGGCUGAUUACGCUAAUACCUCCAAGAUAAGUGAAGAUCGCCUUCUUAUUGCCCUCUUAUUCCAGGGAAUGCGCCACAAUUCCGACAAAGCUAAGGUUAUGGAACGGAAUCCAGCCACGCUUGACGAGGCCAGGAGGUACAUCUUGGAACUUGAGACGGCUCGCAGUGGGGCUAGGGCCUUUGGUACCCCCUUGCUGACCAAAUCUGUGAAUGCCGUGGACCACAAUGUCAAUGCCGCUAAAUCUUCAUACAAGAGGAAUGGCGACUGACCUUUCUCUCGACGAGUUUCACAAGACGUCCGACGUGACUGUUGUCGUGAGCCGCGAUCUCGACAAUGCCUACAUCAGCUUGCAAGUCUGCCAGGCACUUGGUAUCGUCGGCCCUGAUUUUCCCAUACCAAAAGUAUUGGUGGUUCAUGGACGUGUCAACACGGACACUGGCGUCGCAAAUCCGGCCAGCCCUGUUUGGACGUUGAAGGACAGAGAAGAUUGGAUUUCUUUAUUGCCUGUUCAUCCUUGCGAUGAUGAUUUCAAGUCUGUAGAGACUAAACUGACCUCUAUUUACAGAGAGGCUUUUGAUGACACCUGUCUCAAACCCAUGAAAGGCCCUGUGGUGAGAGACCCAAUGGUGAUCACGCUUCAAGACGGGGCAGUUCCCUUUGCCAUCAACACCGCCCGAAGUAUUCCAGUCCCCCAACAAGAACCUGUUAGAGCGUUAUUGGAGGACAUGGUAGCUCAGGGGAUAACGGAGUCGGUGGGCGAUGUUCCCACACCAUGGUGUCAUCCCCUUGUGGUCGUGCCCAAAUCUGAUGGUUCCUUCAGACUUUGCGUGGAUUUGACUCGCCUGAAUUCUCAAGUGGUGCGGUCCAUUCAUCCAAUCAAAACGGCUCAGGAAGCCAUCUCCAGAUUCCGGUCUUCUAAUAGGUAUUUUGUAAAACUGGAUUUGGUCAAAGGUUAUUGGCAAAUGCCUCUGGAAAAGAAAUCGCAAGCAUUAACAACGUUUAUCACACCCUUUGGAAAAUAUCGUUUUCUUCGAUCCCCAAUGGGUUUUAUUUCAACAGGCGAUUCUUUCUCAUACAGAGGCGAUGUGGCAAUGUCUGGUCUUGAUAUCCAGAAAGUAAUUGAUGAUAUUGCUGCGGGUAAAUUAUGUUACCAGGAUCUUGUACGACUGACCAGCGAGAUUCUAGAACGCUGUGUCCAGUUUGGCAUGACAGUUAACGGGCGUAAAAGCGUAAUAGGCGGGGCGGAGAGAAUUGACUUCGUGGGAUUUAGAAUUUCUAAAGACUCCAUUGAGGCCGACCCCGAAAAAUUGAAUGCGAUCCGUCUUUUCCCCAAACCCGUUGAUCGACGGGAUCUGCGUUCUUUCAUGUGGUUAGUGAAUCAGCUCGGUCAGUUUUCUAGUCAAAUAUCAGUUUCGGCCGAGCCUCUUCGUGGCCCUUUAAAGACCAA